AACAUAUCUGUAGUAAUUUGUGGUGAAGCUGGUUGUAGAAAGACAAAUUUGAUUAGUUUUCUUGCUAUAGUAGAAGAAAUGGAAUUUCACACUUUAAAUCUUCAUGCUAGCAUAACAGACAGCAAAGAAAAUUAUCAAUAA